AGUACAACACUUUUUUAGGGGCAACCUUUGGGAAGCAGUUGGAAGCAUUGCGACGAAAAGGUAAACAUAAACAUUGAGUAAAACAAGAAUGAGCGUCCCUCCUAUACAAUUUGUUCCUGGAGUGCAUACUGUUGAAGAAAUUGAAUCUCAGCUUGCCAAUCUUCAUGUAUCCAAAAAGACUUAUGCAUCGAAGCCGCAUUCUUCGUAUAAGGAAUUGACAAAGUUUUGUUGGGAGGUUUACCACGAGAUCAAGAUUACAGAGGAGGAAAUCAUCCAAAAGCGCGAAGCUAUGAGAGAGCUAAGCGAAUAUUUACGCAGAAUAAGCACAGAUGCCGUAUUAGCUUCGUUUGGAAGUCUAGAGUCUGGAUUUGCUUUAAAGAAUUCAGAUAUGGAUUUGUGCGUGCUUACAGAAUCUGUGGAGGAAAGUGAGCCACUUGCUCCUCUAUUUUAUGAAGAACUUAUAAAAGAAGGAUUUGAAGGAAAGUUUUUACAAAAAGCUAGAAUUCCCAUUAUAAAAUUGACUGGUGACGAGAAGGAACGAUUUGGUUCUGGGUUUCAGUGCGAUAUAGGUUUCAAUAAUCGUUUGGCAAUUCAUAAUACAAAACUGCUUUCUUCCUAUUCGCGGCUGGAUAGUAGAUUUCGUCCCUUAAUGCUGUUAGUGAAAUAUUGGGCCAAACAAAAACGGAUCAACUCUCCGUAUUUUGGAACUCUUUCUAGUUAUGGUUAUGCUUUGAUGCUACUUUACUAUUUACUUCACGUUGUAAAACCACCGGUUUUUCCUAAUUUGCAGCAACCACAUUUAAAACGGGAGAAAAUUGUGGAAGGUUUUGAUGUUGGGUUUGAUGAACAUAUCGAGCGAUAUCCUCCAUCUAGUAAUAUCAGCAGUUUAGGAAGCUUGUUGCAUGGAUUUUUCCGAUAUUAUGCUUACAAGUUUGAACCAAGAGAACGAGUGAUUACGUUCAGUAGACAAGACGGGGUUCUAACUAAACAAGAAAAGGGCUGGACAUCGGCGACCGAGCAUACUGGAUCAGCAGAUCAAAUUAUCAAAGAUCGAUAUAUAUUAGCCAUAGAAGAUCCUUUUGAGACUACUCAUAAUGUGGGAAGAACGGUCAGCAGCUCCGGUUUAUACCGUAUACGAGGUGAGUUUAUGUCUGCGGCAAGACUGAUGAAUUCGCGCGUCUCAGGUUCUCACAAAGAAUUGUUUGAGCAAGCUCCUUUACCACCUCGACGAUCAAAAAAAGUUGUUGACGAUACCGAUGCGCCUGGAAAAGAAGAUGAAAAUAAUGAGAAUUAAAAAGUAAAAGAAAUUUGACAAGCUUAAUGAAUGUGUUAGGGAAUCUGGGUACUCAACAAAAGCAUGAUUGUCUGUUUCGUUCUUUCAAUUUAUGCAUUACUGUCGUUGCAACUUUACAACUACAAUGAUGGUCCUAAUAUAAUGCUUCUCAUUGCAGGAGAACGGAACCUUGACUGGAAAAAAAAAUGAAAAGGAUACAAGGAUAUAAUGUUAUUUAAAGAUAUGAACAUACAGAAAUUAUUGUACAUUACUCAAAAUACAAAAGGUUAGGAUAAUUUGCUUAAUAGAACAAAAAUAUGGGGUUCAAAAAUCUUUCCUUUUAUAAUACAGCGC